ACCUUUGAAGGAGCUGCAGCGGCUGAGUGAGGCUCAACCCGGUAUGGGUAAGUCAUUGUUGGAUCGGCUGGAAGGCACCACGUGGCUUGAUGAGAGGAAAUGCCCGAUUGCACACAUCCAAAGCGGAGAGAUCUUUUGGUCCAACACGAUGGCGUCCAUGGCAUCAUUGAUCUCUGAUGGCACAAUUGUGGUGACAAUAUGGAAGGAAGAUGUGGUGGCCAGAGGCUGCCAGAGCACAGAUCAAUCAUCAAAGAAUGGGGUUGCUCGAGAUGGAGAUGUAGCUAUUACAUUACAGCUUCAUGAUUUUUGCUCUCUGCCCAAGCCCUCAAAGCAGUCCACGUUCUUCGUUCAAGAAUCCGUGUUCAUUGCAGAAUCCGCUACGGGCCUAGGGGUGAAUUGUGAUGUUUGAACAAACGACCCAGGCCGUCAACUGAUUGCAUUGUUUGUGUUUGAGAUGCUUCACACAGCUUGAUGCUGGACAGGGGACGGUGUGAACUUUCGUUUAUCAUAUUGCCACAUUCAGCUAUUCAAACAUAUUCAAACAGUAGUUGAUGUCAAACUUGGAUUCUACCUGCGGUCUUUUGACAGGCGAAGUGGACCUGGACACAGAGCCAGCGUGCAUUACGUGGUCACGCUGGAACGACCUGCCUUCCCAGAUUAUGAGCUUUGUGUGGAUCAAGGGUUGACCUUGUACAAAGACCAGCAGGUAAGAUAGCUCAAUGGGCCAAAGCACGACAAGGCCUUCUCGUGUGAACGAAUCCAAGUAUCGCCAAGUCGCAAGAAUUGCAUUCCAGCGGCAUUUGGCCAUGCGGAUAGACCAUUGUGCGGGAAAAGUGGAAAGCAGCCAACAUGGCCUACUGCUUAAUUUGAUUGUGCGGAGGCGUUUGAACGUACUAUCAACAAUCCCGCCUGUCAGACCAGGUCCUCAGUCAACCAGGUUCCACCCUUGGAGUAUCUCUCUCGCGUGGUUCUCAUUU